GCGGCGGUGCUGUGUGGGAACUGUAGUCCCGGUUUCUGCGAGUCGACCCGAUAAUCUCUUUUAUAUAGCUCUGUGCGGAUUUCUCUCUCCUUAUUUUAAGUUUAAGAUAGGUUUAGGUUUAAGAUAGGUUUAAGAACAAGGCAAUUCCCGGUAGAAAUCCGGCCGGGCCUAUUUCCCCAAUUGCGGUAAAGAACCGGAAGUUGGUCCGACGCUGCACUGCGGCCCCCGGAGGCACUUCCGGUCCGUUUUUCCUCAGAAAUCGGCGUUUGCCGAUCCGAAUGGCGGCGACUGGCUUCGUUUGGCCGCUGGCGCUUUGGAUGGUGGUAGUCGCAGCGACGACGGCGACGCACUCGAAUAAGACGGAAUCCGUCGAGGCCGCGUCUCUCCCUCCUUCCCUGCCGCCGAAAGAGAAAAGCGCCUCCCGGCCCGCUUCCACAGCCACAACCACGACGACAUCCGGGUCCCCGCAGUCGGGGCUGUCGGGAUUGGGCCUGCCGGCCCUUCACCGCGCGCUCUACGUCUUGGCCGGCCUGGCGGGCAUCGGCUUCCUCUACUAUCUCGGAGGCCGCACGUUUCGGACAAGGAAACCUCCACGGAAAAAAUAUGGACUUCUGUCCAACUCAGAAGAUCCCAUGGAGAUGGCUUCUCUAGAGAGUGAUGAAGAUACGGUAUUUGAAAUAAGGAAUUUGAGACGGUGAUAAUAGGACUUGUGGGUUUUCCAGCUUGACCAGAGAAGAAGCAGUUUCACCCAUGGAAGAAACUCGAACCUCUAGUUACUUUUUUUUUAAAAAAAAACCAAAAUAAUAAUAAUCCUGAAGUUCCUUGCAAUGUGAAAACCUGGCAGCGUGAAACUUUCUCUUCAGGCCCCUCGAACAAGAGAAUGGCCGUACAGCCACGACAGUGAAUGUAUCUGCCUGGAGCUGCAAAAUUGCAGGGAAAAAAAAAUAUUAUGAGGAUUCCCCAGGGUGGGCCUUUCUACCUUGCUAACCAAUUUUGGAACGAGCGGCUGAGAUGCAAAGCUGCCAUUCUCGGUUUGAAGCGGGCACCGGCCGCCGUCGCUUGGGAUGAGAUCUUUCCUAUCAGGAAAGUUGGACCUUCUUAAAAGAUUGGCAAAUUCAAGGAUGCACUUUGCGGCGGGCACCACCCUUAGGGAAAAAGCUUGUGGGUCCAGGUGAGGCGUGUGGUACAUUGGAGGACCCCAAAGCCAGGCCAGGUCAUUCACCAGCUUCUGCGUUAAGGAACUGCAGGCUGCCCACCUCGUUUGGCUUCUGCCUGGACUUCCUGUUCUACUUUUCCUUUGGUUGUGUCAUUGAGACCAAAAAAAAAAAAUGGCUGCCUGCUUUUGAAUCUGGUUGUUUUGUGAAGCAAUAUCAUUCCAUAAACGGUUGGAGCAA